GCUUCCAUUCAAAGCGGCAAAUGGGUCAGACGAGGCAGGUGAGUCCGACAGUGGCAUCAAUAAUGGCCCUUUUCGCCCUGAUGCUGCUGAUCCACCAAGCCCCUUCGAUAGCAGAGGGCCAGCAACACGGUAAGCGCAUCGAGGAGGCAAUGCAUCAAAUGGCCAAGGACAUGGAAUCCGGACACCGCAUAAGUGCGAAGCAGAGUCAGGGCAUCGUAAAACAGUUUCUAAUGUCACACAGGAGAAUCUGGGGCAAUAUAUAAAGAAAGAGGCCUCAAGCAAGGGGGCGCCCACUCUAAUCAACGGCAAUCCCGGGCAAUCCCAGGCCUACUCCAUAUAUUUCGAGUUCUCAAACCGAAAGCACCCGAAACGAAAGAGUUCUUAUCAAUUUGACAACGGAAGAACUUAAGUUGAAUAAACACCAGACUGGAAA